AGAAAAAAAAUCCCACCUUCAAGUUUCAUUCACCUUCAUGUUAUGUCGCCAUGCGAUGCAACGCAUCAUCACCGCCAUCAUCAUCAUCACCACCGUCUUCAUCACCUCCAACCUCUCCAUCUCGCCAUCUGAAUCUCUCUCCCUCUCCCUCGUUGCAGACUCUCAUGCCGUUGCAGCAUUCCUCAGAUUCGAUCGAUCCCGCAAGUGCCGUCGAGGAACCCUAAUCUGGGCUCGCUUCUUCUUCGCUCCGCAGCUCGGAAUCCGCAUCAAAAUGUGAUUUUUGAUCGGUCGCGAGCGCACGAACCGCCGAGAACUCCACGACCCACGAUUCGAUCGCGCCGCCGCAUCCUCGUUCCCUGCGAAUUCGUCCCUGUUUGAGAGAGAUUGAGGCGGGAAGAGAGAGAGAGAGAGAGAGAGAGAGAGAGAUUGGAAGGAGGUGGUGGGAGAUGCCGAGUGUGACUGUGAAGCUCUACAGCGUCUUCUUCAAGCUGCUCCUGAAGCACCGGCUGCAGAACCGGAUUCAGUCCCAACCCGACGAUUCCGACCCGUUCGGCGUCACCUCCCGCCCCGAGGAGUCCGUCGCCGCCGUGAACCCCUCCUUCGCCGACGGCGUCGCCACCAAGGACAUCCACAUCGACCCCUUUACCUCCCUCUCCGUCCGCAUCUUCCUCCCCGAAUCCGCCCUCUCCCCGCCCGAGCCCGACCCCAAGUCCCAACCCCAACCCCGGCCUAGGGCUCGGAUCCCGUCCAGGGCCGCCGAUCUCAACGGCAAUUCGCAGGGUAAUCAACCUUCCCGCCGCCACAGCUACGGCACCCCGACCGCCGCCGCGAGAGAUGAUCCCGGGAAGCCCCCCAAUCUUGAGGAGAGCUCGCAAUUGAGCCUCGGGCGGCGCAAUAGCUUCGGAUCCUCCGCGACAGACCCGCACAAUGCCAAGCUGAAUGGUAAUCAUUUUAGAGGGUUUGGCAACGAUGCAGAGAGCUUGAGUUUGAGAUCGUCUGAUGGCGGUGGUUUGCCAUACCGAGGGUAUUCGCCCUUGAUGGGAAACGCGAGGAAAUUGCCGGUGAUGUUGCAGUUUCAUGGUGGAGGUUGGGUGAGUGGUUCAAAUGAUUCGGUGGUGAAUGAUGUCUUCUGUCGGAGGAUGGCGAAGUUGUGUGAUGUGAUUGUUGUUGCGGUCGGCUAUCGGCUCGCGCCAGAAAAUAAGUACCCAGCUGCAUUUGAGGAUGGGAUGAAGGUAUUGAAUUGGUUGGCAAAGCAGGCAAAUUUGGCAGAAUGUAGUAAAUCCAUGGGUAGUUCACGUGGAGUUACCACCGAGUCUAAGAAAUCUGACCUUCACAGGAAUAUUGUUGAUACUUUUGGGGCACAGAUGGUUGAGCCCUGGUUGGCAGCUCAUGGAGAUCUCUCCAGAUGUGUUCUCCUGGGCGUGAGUUGUGGUGCAAACAUUGCGGACUAUGUGGCACGGAAAGCUGUAGAGGCAGGUAGAUUAUUGGAUCCUAUCAAGGUUGUCGCUCAGGUUCUCUUAUAUCCAUUUUUCAUGGGAAGUGUCCCUACGCAUUCCGAGAUAAAGCUAGCAAAUUCGUAUUUCUACGACAAAGAUACGUGCCUACUUGCCUGGAAACUCUUCUUACCCGAAGAAGAGUUCAGCCUGGACCAUCCAGCUGCAAACCCACUCAUCCCUGGCAGAGGACCACCCUUAAAGCUCAUGCCUCCAACACUCACAGUGGUGGCAGAACACGACUGGAUGAGAGAUAGAGCCAUUGCUUACUCAGAGGAACUUCGGAAGGUAAAUGUCGAUGCUCCUGUUUAUGACUAUAAGGAUGCAGUUCAUGAAUUUGCGACACUUGAUAUGCUUAUCAAGGCCCCCCAGGCUCAGGCGUGUGCAGAAGACAUUGCUAUUUGGGUCAAGAAGUACAUCUCAUUCCGGGGACACGAGUUUUCUUACUAGGCAGGAGAUACAACUGGAAUGACUUGUAACUGGACUCUUGGCAGUCUUGCUCGAGAUGGCUGAAAUAGCAAGUUCUUGCUGCCACCACCUCUGAAUUUUGACACAGCAGUUGGGAUGACAGCUCAUCGAUUUUAAUACCUAACCCAUAUCGGGUUUAUUUGUGAGAAAUAUGUAAUGAGAGAUUAGGAUAGAUUUGGGCGUGAGAUGCAUAUGCUCCUGAUAUAUAGCUAAUAUGCCUGAUCAGAACAUUGUCUUCGGCAACUUUUUUUUCCUGUGAAUUAAGAUGUACAAUGCUUCAUUUAAUUCAGUUGGUACAAUUAAGUACCUUGUACGAUUUCUUUCCAUCAA